GGUUGCCGCAGGUUUCGGCGUCAGCGGCGGCGGCAGCGUCAAUGAGGACAGUUGUUGUUCGUUUCGCAGACGCUGACGCUGCCGCAUACUAUGUCGCAACCGCAGGUUUUAUCGGCGUCAGCCGCAAGACGCGGCGUCAGACGCAGCUUCCUGCGUCAACGAAACGAACAAGAGUUGACGCAGAAUGUUGACGCUGCUGUUGCCGCCGGUACCUGCAGCAACCAAACGAACAGCCUUUUAGUUCUUUUUUCUCAAAAAACAGACAAGAGUACAUUUGUACACCAGUCCAUUCCGAUUUAGUUUUGGUAUGACUUUUUUUUUUAAACAUUUCGGUUAACUUCGUUAAACUGAACCGAACCGAUUUUGAAAAGAUUUCCGAACUAAACUGGACUCAAAAUCGAAGGUGAACCGAAAUUGAGAUGUUAUAUUACACGCAAACACUGAACCGGUUUAAAUUGUAAGUUGAUUUGUUGAAUUUGUGUUAGUAAAAUUGUAAAUCUAGAGCAGAAAAUACGUUAAUGAACAAAUAAGCGAUAAACCAGAAGAACUAAAACAUCGAAGUGAUUACUUGAAAACUGUUUAUAAUACUUGGUCAGAUGAGAUCAAAGCUCAAAUUACAAAGAAAUUGCACCAAAUAGCAAUUUUUUGCUUAAAAUAAGAGGUAUUUCAUCCAUUUCCUAAAAUCACUUAGACUUUUUUUUACACAUAUUAAAAAUAAUUAAAAUAUAUUUUAUAUUUUCAUUAAAUUAAAUUACAUCUAUUUAACCAAUACUAUUUAAUCAAUAAUAUUUAAGAUAAAUAACUUUAUUUAUAAAUUAAUAUAUUUUGCAAUUAAUUUAAUUGAAAUUCUAAAAUGAUAUUUUUAUGUACUAAAAAUGGCAAAUUGACAAUUUAAAAAAAUAGAAAGUAUUAAUUUAUAUGUUUUGUGUAUUUAAAAGGGGUUUAUAUAUCCGUGUGUGCAUGUAUUUAUUAGUACGUUAAGUUUUAUUAAGCCUAUGUUGAAUUAGGUUAGACUUGUGUCGGCGUGUGUAACAGGUUAUUAAGCUCAGAAGCAGAUUACCUUGGUUAACUUCUUGUGAUCAUCGAUUGCAUGCAGAUUCAUCGAUUUAUCUUAUUGUGAGUAUUUGUGUCACUGCUUUCUAUGUGUUACUUUGUGGUUUUGAUUGAAAAUUAAGUGUAGUGUUUGAUCUAAUUUUUAUUGCAGCUUUUAUUGCUAUUGAAAAUAAUGAUGACAACGAUGAACGAUCUUCCACAUGAUUUGAUAGGGGAAAAGAUACUCACCAAGGUUUCCAUAACAUCUCUGAUAGCGGUGCGGUGUACUUGCAAAUUAUGGAAUGCAUUAUCCAAAGAGUUUAUUGUCGGUAGAGAAACAUCAAGGCAGCAUCGUGAGUUUCUAGGCUUCAUGAUGGCAUCUAAUAAGAUUUACCCCUUUAGCUUCGAUAUACAAGGAAUCCGAAAGCACAACAGCUCGGUCGAUCCAUCAAUGAAGCAAGUAAAUUUACUUGAUCAAGUUGAGAUAUCUAAAGUCUUUCUCUGUGAUGGCUUACUGCUAUGCGUCACCAAGGACAACACCAAACUCUUGGUCUGGAACCCUUAUGUUGGGCAAACAAGGUGGAUCAGACCGAGAAAAUGUUUUAAAAAAUCAGACUUGUAUGCUAUUGGUUACGACAACAACAAUAAGGUCCGUAACUAUAAAAUCUUGAGACUUGAUCGUUAUUGUGGCAUUAGGUUGGAAAUCUACGACUUUAGUUCUGAUUCAUGGAGCGUUCUUGGUGUCAUCUCCCACUGUAUAAUUUAUCAGUUUAGACGCGGCGUGACUUUGAAGGGAUGUAAUUACUAUUUAGGCAGUGUGAGAAAAACAAGUACUGCACCUUCGUUUAAAAGCUGUUUGCUAUGUUUCGAUUAUACAAGGGAGAGAUAUGGACAGCCACUGCCUAUCCCGUAUAACAACAAUUUUCAUAAACAAGCUGUGUCUCUAUCUACAGCUAGAGAAGAGAAUAUCGCUGCACUUUAUUUUGAUUCUCGUCUUUAUGGGACAUCGGAGAUUUGGGUUACUAAUAAGAUUGAGCACAACGCGGUGUCCUGGAGCAAGUUUUUUAAGGUGGAGAUGACGAUGAUGAAUCAACUCAGAGUUCUUAAUUUUGGCUUGAAUGCUGAUAUUUUCUUCGUUGAUGAGGAGAAUAAAGUUGCGGUGGUUAUUACUAAUAGCCGAAGUCGCUCAUGCAAUCAACCAAAAGCUAGCAUCAUUGGAGAGGAUGGAUACUUCAAAUCUAUAAAAAUAGGAGAAAUGAAUUCAAAUCUCCCUACAGAGUUGUAUCCCCUACUUGUGUUUUCCCCUUAUAUUCCAAGCUUAGUGCAAAUCAACCGACCAUUGGAAAAAAAAAAGAGAAAGAGAUGCCUAACUGCCCUUGAUUAAAUUCUUGUAUCGUCCACUUUUGCAUUAUUUUUCUAUUUUCAUGUCAU